GCCUACAGGCCCACUAGGUACCUAGGUACAAGCAGCUACAUAUGUACUGGCUGGCGACAGCCAUAAAUGUAAACCAACAACUCAAUAAAGAAAACAUCUAUGGAUACCCACGAAAAGAGAAAUACUAUCCCCGUCAUGUUUGAAAAUGGCGCCUACAUUCGCAGAAGCCACAGCUAUUAAUGCUGUAGAUUCUCAUACGUACACCGCUAACUUCACCUCGGAAUGGUGUGUAGGUUCAGUCCCCCACGGCGGUGUGGUGACUUCUGUCUUUCUCCGCGUUGCUGAGACUCACUUCCGCACCACGCUCGCGGCGCAAAACCAGCCACACACAAUUUCACUACACUUAGAAUUCCUACGGCGGACACAGGAAGGCCCAGCAGUCUUAGUGGUUCGCGACGUCAAACUUGGCCGCCAGACCUCGACUGUUCAUAUCGCAUUAUCGCAAGAUAGUCGCGAAGAAGUUGUUGGCUACCUGACGCACUCACAUAUGAACAUAGACAAUGGAUUGUCUCUGAAGACAUUGUGGUCCUUGCACCCAGCUCCUCCGCUGCCACCAGCUGACUUUCGUUCGCUCCUCGGUGGGACCGAGGAUCAUAGUUGGAAGGAGGUGAACGAGCCACAUGCUAAGUUCCGCAAGGUAACCCAACGUGUCCGUACGUUUGUGCCGCGAGAGGGACAGGUAAUGCCAGGCUUAGUUGAUGAGUGGCUACGUCUUGACUCGGGCGAGAAAUUCACAAAUGAGAGCUUGGGCUUCGCGUCGGACAGUUUCCCCCCGGUUAUCGAAGAUCUAUGGUACAUGGAAGGGAGGGACGAACGUCUUCCAUCCUUUUGGUAUCCUACCGUGAUUCUCAAUUUGGAUAUCAAAAAGGUGCUACCACCAGAAGGCGUUGAGUGGCUAUUCGUCCGUAUACAGCCAAAGAAUGUCCGCAAUGGGAAGAUGGAUUUGGAGGUGAUCAUUAUGAAUGAUAUUGGGGAGAUCAUCGCUUUGAGCAAUCAUGUCGUCUUACUUGUUGGUACAGACAGGAAUCUGGCAGCGCGACGAAAUGGUCAGAAUAAGAUUUAAACAUGGCAAUACCGAUGUACUGUGUAUGCAUAUAUUCACACUAGAUAGUACCUAACAGUAGAUAAGUAAAGAUGGAUGUAUACAACUCAAUGUUAAUACCCUGCCGUA